AGGGCCGCCAUGGACUCUGCGUACGAGAUGGGCCACAUUCGCAAGCUGCAGGCACGGCACCUGCGGAUGCAGGAGAAGACUUUCACCAACUGGAUCAAUAACGUCUUCCAGCGCGGCCGGGUGGGCCUCAAGAUCCAGCACCUGUACACAGAGCUGGCCGACGGCACCCACCUACUGCGGCUGCUCGAGCUCAUCUCAGGCGAGGCCCUGCCACCCCCCAGCCGGGGCCGUCUGCGCGUGCACUUCCUGGAGAACAGCAGCCGGGCUCUGGCCUUCCUCAGGGCCAAGGUGCCCAUCCCCCUCAUUGGGCCGGAGAACAUCGUGGACGGAGACCAGACCUUCAUCCUGGGGCUCAUCUGGGUCAUCAUCCUGCGUUUCCAGAUUUCCCACAUCUCCCUGGACAGGGAGGAGCUCGGGGCCCAUGCAGCCCUGCUGUCUGCCAAGGAAGCUCUGCUGCUCUGGUGCCAGCGGAAGACCGCCUGCUAUGCCAACGUCGACAUCACCGACUUCUCCCGCAGCUGGAGCGACGGGCUGGGCUUCAGUGCCCUCAUCCACGCCCACAGGCCAGACCUGCUCGACUAUGGCUCCCUGCAUCCCGACCGACCACUGCACAACCUCGACCUUGCUUUCCGCGUGGCUGAGCAGGAGCUGGGCAUCGCUCAGCUGCUGGACCCCGAGGAUGUGGCGGGGCUGCAGCCGGACGAGCGCUCCAUCAUGACCUACGUCUCCCUCUACUACCACUGCUUCUGCCGCCUGCACCAGGGCCAGACUGUCCAGAAGAGGCUCUCGAAGGUCCUGCUUCACCUCCAGGAUACAGAGGCGCUGCAGGUGCAGUACGAGCGGCUGAUGGUGGACCUGCUGCACUGGAUUGCACAGAAGCAGGUGCAGCUGGAGGCGCGGGAUUUCCCAGACUCCCUGCCUGCCAUGCGCCAGCUCCUGGCGGCCUUUGCCUCCUUCCGCACCCAGGAGAAGCCACCUCGGCUGCAGCAGCGAGGGGCCACAGAGGCCCUGCUCUUCCGGCUGCAGACAACACUCCGAGCCCAGAGCCGCAGGCCCUUCCUGCCCCGCGAGGGCCUGGGCCCUGCGGAGCUUUCCCAGCACUGGGCCCGCCUGGAGCAGGCAGAGGCCUCGCAGAGCCAGGCCCUCCGUCAGAGACUCCUGCAGUUAAAGCGGCUGGAAACCCUGGCCCGGCGCUUCCAGCACAAGGCAGCCCUCCGGGAGAGCUUUCUGACAGACGCAGAGCAGGCGAUGGACCAGGCCACAGCCCUGCCCGCCAGCCCGGCCGCGCUGGAGGUGGCUGCCCAGAGGCUGGGCAUGCUGGAGGCCAGCGUGCUGUCCCAGGACGGGCGCUUCCAGGCACUGGCCGUGAUUGCGGACAUCCUCCAGCAGGAGCAGUACCACAGCCGGGCAGAUGUGGCUGCCAGGCAGCUGGAGAUCACUCGGCGCUGGGAGAGGCUCCUGCAGCGCCUCCAAGGGCAGAGGAAGGGGACAGAGGCCGCGCAGGCAGUGCUGAGCCUGCUGCAGGAGGUGGAGACUGCCUCCGGCCAGCUCAAGGAGCUGCAGGUGCUGGCCAGCUCCACAGCCUGUGGGGAACAGCUGGCAGAGGUCGUGGAGCUGCUGCAGAGGCAGGACCUGCUGGAGGCCCAGGUUGUGGCCCACGGAGCCCACGUGAGCCAUCUGGCCCACCAGACCACAGAGCUGAGCUCCUCUCCGGGGCCUGGUGUGGAGGUGCUGCAGGUCAAAGCCCAGGAGCUGACUCGGUUCCACCAGGGCCUGGGAUCUCUUGCCAGAGCCCGUCGGGCCUUGCUGGAGCAGGCCUUGCAGAGAGCGGAGUUCCUGCGAGACUGUGAGGAGGAGGAAGCCUGGCUGAGGGAACGCAGACGGCUGGUGGGAGAUGUGGCCCUGGGCCGGGAUCUUGGCCAGAUCACAGCCUCUCUGCAGAAACACAAGGCCCUGGAAGCCGAGCUCCGCGGCCACCAAGCUGUGUGCGCUGACCUCCAGCGGAGGGGACGGGACCUGGGUGCUCUCUGGCCUCCCACGAGGCCCGAUCCCCAGGAGCAGGCUGAGACAGUGCAGGACGCAUGGCAGCAGCUCCGGGCCCUGGCGGCUCGGCGGGGUGCGCGGCUACAGGCCGCCCUGCUCGUCGGACAGUACUUCGCAGACGCGGAGGAGGCGGCCUCGUGGCUGCAGGAGCAGCGGUCCACGCUGGAGACUGCAUCCUGUGGGUUAGACCUGGAGAGCGCGCAGGCCCUGCUGCUGCGCCACCUGCGGCUAGAGCGGGCGGUGCACGCCUUCGGGGCUGAGCUGCAGCAGCUGGACCAGCAGGCGCGGGUGGCUGCGGCCCACCUGUCGCUCACGGUGGUGUCUGCCCUGAGCUCCCCAAAGGAAGGCCCAGGGAGCCCAGGGGCCUGGCAUGAGGGUCCCUGCCAUUCCAGCACCCAGAAGAUGGUCCUCCCGGCUGAGCCUGACCCUGACCUUAACCCUAACACUGUACUCCAGACACAGGAUCGCGUGAGGCAGGAAUAUGAGGACCUGCGGGCCCUGGCAGAGCACCACAGGGCCCGGCUGGAGGAGGCGGUGGCCCUGUUUGGUUUCUGCGGCUCCUGUGUGGGGCUCCGGUCCUGGCUGGAGAAGCAGACAGCGCUGCUGCACACGCUGCAGCCCCAGGCUGACACCUUGGAGGCCGUGCAGCUCAAGUUGGAGAACUUCCUCUCCGCCCUGACUAUGGGAAGAGGCCACUGGGCAGAGGUCAGCAGCUCUGCUGAGAAGCUGAAGCAGAGAUUUCCUGGAGCCGCCCCCCAAAUCCAGCAACAACAGGAGGAACUGGGCUGGAGGUGGGGGCAGCUGGAGGCCCUGAAGAAAGAGAAGGAAAUGCAGCUGGUGCUCACCGCAGACGUGUGCCGUCUCCGGCAGGAGUGUGGGCCCGCACAGGUCCAGCUACAAGACAUGAUCCUCCAGCUGGAAGCCCUGGAGCUAGGGCAUUCAGAGGACAGCCACCGCAUCUUGCAGCUGGCCCAGCAGAAGAUGCCAGUGCUGGAGAGGACCGUCCGUUACCUGCAAACAGCGGCCAUAAAGGUCCAGGAGUCGGGCCCCACAGAGAGCCAGGCCCUGCACGGACAGGUGGAGGUGCUACAGGAGCUACUGGCGCAGAUGCAGCAGCAAGUGGCCCAACAGGCCGGGGCCCAGGCCCGGCAGCGCUUCCUGCAGGAGAGCCGGCGGUUGCUGCAGCAGGCAGAGGGGGUCCAGGCUCAGCUGCACAGUGAGGAGCAGGGGGUGGAUGUGGCCUCGGCCCAGCGGCUGCUGGCGGAGCACCAGGAUCUGCUGGAGGACGUCCACCUGCAGCAGGAGAGGAUGCAGCAGCUGGAGUCUCAGGGCCAGCCCAUGGCAGCCUUGGGCUCCCUGGACACCCAGGAGGUGACCAGUGUUCUGAGGCUCCUGGGCCAACAACGCCUGGGCCUGAAGGCUGCCUGGGAGCAGAGACAGCAGUGCCUGCAGGAGGGACUGGAGCUUCAGAAGUUUGGCCGAGAAGUGGAUGUUUUCUCUGCCAGCUGUGCCAACUACGAGGCCUUCCUGCAGCUGGACAGCCUCGGGGAGGAUGUAGGGGAGGCCCAGAGCCUGCUGCAGCAGCACCAGGAGUUCGGGCAGCUCCUGGGCAUCCUGGGCCCUCGCACAGAGGCUCUGUGGUCACGUGGCAAGGAGCUGGCCCAGAGUGAACACCCUGCUGCACCCAAAGUUAGAGAGCAGCUGCAGAGCAUGCAGGCCCAGUGGACCAGGGUCCAGGAGAAGAGUGAUCAGAGGAGGAGGCAGCUGCUGGCUUCCCUCCAGCUCCAGGAAUGGAAACAGACUGUGGCUGAACUGAUGCUGUGGAUGGAGGAGAAGGGGCUGAUGGUGGUGGAUGAGCCCUCUCCGGAGCCCAGCAACAUCCUGCGGAAACUCAAGUGGCACGAAAAGGCUGAGCGCGAGCUGCGGGCCGCCCGUGGGCACGUGGAGGGCCUGCAGCAGGUGGGGCCUGCACGGAGGCUCCGUGCCCAGGAGGACGUGCAGGCCAGGCUUCGGGGCCUGAGCAGCAAGUGGGAAGAGCUGAACCGCAAGACGGCAGCGCAAGGGGAGCAGCUCCGGCAGCAGGACCAGCUCCUGCGGCUGCUACAGGACGCCAAGGUGAAGGCAGAACAUCUGGAGGGCGCUCUGCAGAGGGCGGAAAUGGGGCAGGACCUGAGCUCCAGCAGGAGGCUGCAGAAACAGCACCGCCAGCUGGAGGGCGAGAGCCAGGCCCUGGCCGGCUACAUGGCCGCCCUCGUCUCCCAGGCCCACCAGGUGGCCAACUCCGAGCCCCUCACGGAGGAGACCCAAAAGUACCUCCAGAGGUUAAAGUCCCUGCAGGGACAGCUGGCCACCAGGCUCCUGCAGCUCCAGGCCUCGGCUGAGCUGCACCAGUUCUACAACCUGACCACGACAGAGCUCACGUGGGUGGCCGAGCACAUGCCCAGCGCAAGCCCCGCCAGCUGCACCAAGUGCUGGGACGGUGCCCGGAGCCUCCGCCGCAUGCAUGUGAAUCUCCGAGCGGAGGUGGAAGCCCACCGGGGACGGGUGCUGCAGGUGUUGGGCUCCGGACGGAGCCUCGCAGCCUCAGGGCACCCCCGAGCUCAGCACAUGGCGGAGCAGUGCCAGGAGCUGGAAGGCCGCUGGGCAGAGCUGGAGCGGGCGUGCAAGGCACAAGCCCAGUGCCUGCAGCGGGCUGUCGCUCUCCAGCAGCACUUUCUGGAUUUGUCAGAGCUUGAGGACAGGGUGGCGGAGAAGUGGCCACUGGUGAGGAGUCAGGACUGCGGCGGGGAUGAGGCCACCACCGCGAGGCUCAUCAAGAAGCACCAGGCCCUGCAGCAGGAGCUGGCCCUGUGCUGGAGCACCAUGGAGAAGCUUGACCAGAGGGCCCAGGUCCUCGGCGACCCCGAGGCCCCUGAGCAGCUGGGUGUGGUGCAGGAGAGGGUCCGGGAGCAGCUUCGGGCACUGCAGGAGUUGGCAGCCACACGGGACCGGGAGCUGGAGGGGACCCUGAGGCUACAUGAGUUCACAAGGGAAGCCGAGGCGCUGCAGAGCUGGCUGGCCAGCCAGAUGCAGGUGGCCAGGGGCGGAGAGGGCCUUGGAGAAGAAGACCACGAGGGUGUCCUGCGCCUCUGCACCACGUUUGCCAAGUUUCAGCACCAAGUAGAGAUGGGCCGCCAGCGGGUGGUCACCUGCCAGCAACUGGCGGCAAGCCUGCUGGAGUGUGGCCACAGCACCGCCCCCCGGGCCCAGCAGACACUGCAGGGUCUGCGGGCUGCCUGGACGGAGCUGUGGGGGCUGACCCAGGCCCGGGGCCAGCUGCUCCAAGAUGUGGAGAUCACCCUCAAAGUUCACAGAGAUUUGGCGGAAACCCUCACCCAGGUCCAGGAGAAAACCACAGGCCUCCCCAGUGAUGUGGCCCCGGACCUCCGGGGGUUGGAGGCCCAGCUGAGGAGACAUGAGGGGCUGGAGCACGAACUCGUGGGCAUUGAGCGGCAGCUGCAGGAACUGCUGGAGGCUGCAGGCAGGGCACAGCAGCGGGGGCCAGGGCCUCAGGCCCAGGCAGUGCAGCAGAGGCAGCAGGCUCUGGUUCAGGCCUGGGAGGCCCUGAAGCUACGCGUGGAGCAGCGCAGGGCGCAGCUGGAGCAGGCAUGCCUCCUGGCCCGUUUCCACGCAGAGGUGCAAAGCUACACGUCCUGGGCAGACAGUGUGUGGCAGGAGCUGCAGGUGGCGGAGAGCUCCCAGGAGGCCAGCAGUGGCCCCAUAAAGCUCGACGCCCACCAACCACUUCGGGCAGAGCUAGAGGCCCAGGAGGAGCUGUACCAGCGGGCCGCCCAGAGGGGCCAGCAGGCACUUCUGGACGCGGGGGCACCCGUCAAGGAGGUCCGGGAAGGGCUGCGGGCCCUGCAGGACCUGCGGAGGCAGCUGUUCCAGGCCUGGGGGCAAAACCAGGAGAGGCUGCAGGCCACGCACCAGGAGCAGCUCUUCCUCAGGAAGUGUGGCCGCCUGGACAAGAUCCUCACGGCCCAGGAGGUGUCCCUGAGCACCAGUGCCCUGGGGAGCUCGGCGGAAGAGGUGGAGCGGCUGAUCCACAAGCACGAGAUCUUCCAGAAGGUGCUGACUGCCCAGGAUGAGAAGGAGGCAGCUCUGUGUGAGCUGGCAGAGACCCUCCGGGGCCCCAGGGUGCAGCUCCAGCUCCACGCAGUGCUGGAGCGCCGGGCCCGAGUGAAGGAACUGGCUGAGACCCGGAGACAGGCUCUGCAGGCCUCCCUACGGAUGGCUGGCUUCACCAGGGUCGCGACACAGGCCGAGGACUGGAUCCAGGAGCGGGUUCGGCGACUGGGAGAGCCGCUCCCUCCUGGGGACCUGAAAGGUGAGCUGAGGCACCUGUGGAAACACCAGGCCUUCCAGGCGGAGGUCCAGGCCCAUGAGGAGGUCGUAAUUUCUGCCAUCAAGGAGGGAGAGACUCUCCUGGCCCAGAGCCACCCUCAGGCAGGAGAAGUCUCCCAGAGGCUGCGGGUGCUGCAGGGGCACUGGGAGAAGCUGAGGCAGGCAGUGGCCCUCCGGGGCCAGGACCUAGAGGACAGGCAGAGCUUCCUGGAGUUCCUGCAGAGAGCAGACCUUUGUGAGGCCUGGAUCCAGGAGAUGGAGGUGACAGUGAACACUGGGGACCUGGGACAGAACCUCGAGCACUGUCUGCACCUCCUCAAAUGGCUCCGGGGCUUCCGAGGAGUCUGCACUGGGGACACAGUGGGUGACACCCGCAUCAGGGGCAUCAAUGACUCGUCCCUGCAUCUCAAGAACCGGGACCCCAAGCAAGUCAGAGCUAUCAGCCAGCGGCGACACCAGCUCAACAGCAGGUGGCACAGUUUCCACGGCAACCUGCUCCGGUACCAAUGGCAGCUUGAAGGUGCCCUGGAGAUACACACACUGUCCCGUGAACUGGACAUCGUCACGGAGCAGGUCAGGGAGAAGGCGGCCCGGGUCUGGGCCCUGGACUGCGGGAAGGAUCUGGAGAGUGUGCAGAGGCUGCUGUGGAGGCACGAGGUGCUGGAGCAGGAAGUGGGCCUCGUCCGGGCCCAGGUGGAGUCCCUAGACAGCAAGGUGGGCCGCCUCUGCCAGAGAAGCCCCCAGGCUGCCCACAGCCUGAGCUGCAAGCAGCAGGAGAUGGUGGACAGCUGGACGCAGCUCCGGAGCAGGGUCCAGAAGCGGAGGGAGUCGCUGGACGCCUCCCACCAAGCUCAGAAGCUGCGGGCCACGCUGCUGGAGCUGCGGGCCUGGGCCCAGGGGCUGCGGGCCAAGAUGGACUCCCGGAGCGCCCACAGCCCUGCAGAGGCCCGGCACAUGUUGGAGGAGCACCAGGAGCGCAGGGCUGAGCUGGACUCCCGGACAGACAGCAUAAGCCUGGCCCGGAGCGCGGGGCAGCGGCUGCUGGCAGCUGGGCACCUGUCCGACCCUGACCUCCAAGAGGCCCUGGCUGACUUAGACCAGGAGCUGAAUGGCCUGGAAGGGACCUGGCAGAAGCACCAGCUUCAGCUGCAGCAGGCUUUGGAGCUACAGGCACUGCUGAGCUCUGCGGAGCAGGUGGAGCAUUGGCUCUGCAGCCAGGAAGCGUGCCCGGCCAGCGAGGCUUUGGGGGACCCCUUGGCCAACAUGGAGACCCUCCUGUGGAAGCACAAGGCACUGGAGCGGGGCCUGGAGGCACAGGCAGCAAAGAUCAGUGCGCUAGAAGCCGCAGCCCACAGCCUGCACCGGGCUGGGUGCCCUGAGGCCCUGAGCACCCUGGGCCGGUGCCAGGCCAUGCUCCUCAGGAAGGAGGCCCUCUUGGAGCGAGCCCGGACCUGGCGCCACCGACUGCAGGAGCUCCAGCAGCUGCAGCCUUUCCUGCAGGAUGCCCAUGAGGUGGCCGCAUGGCUCAGAGAGAAGAACCUGGUGGCCCUGGAGGAGGGCCCGGGGGACCCUGCCAUGCUGCAGGCACAGCUGCGGGAGCAGCAGACUCUCCAGGCCGAGCUGCACGCCGGCGUGCGCCAACAGCAGAGGCUGCAGCUGGAGGGGCAGAGGCUGCUGCAGGGGGGCCACCCUGCCUCGGAGACCAUCCAGGAGUGCUUGCGGGAACUGGGAGACCUCUGGGACGAGCUGCAGGCCAACUGCCAGAGGAAGGCCGCCAAGCUGCAGGAGGCCUGUGAGGCCCUGCGUCUGCGGAGGAGUAUGGAGGAACUAGAGAGCUGGCUGGAGCCUGUGGAGGUCGAGCUGAGCGCUCCCACCAGGGACCAGGACCAGCCUGGCCUGGAGGAGCUCCUGGGGGCUCAGGGAGAGUGGGAGGCGGCGGUGGGCCGGCAGGCCAGGCAGGCUCGGGUGCUACUGGGCCAGGCCCAGGCCUUCACACAGGAAGGCCGCUGCCUCGCCCGAGGUGUGGAAGAACAGGCCAGGCUGCUGCUUCAGAGGUUCGAGAGCCUGCAGGAGCCCCUGCGGGAGCGCAGGAUGGCCCUGGAGGCCCAGAGCCUGCUCCGGCAGUUCCGCAGAGAUGCCGAAGAGGAGAUGGCCUGGGUGCUGGAGAAGCUGCCCCUGGUAGACACCCAGGAUGACACCGGCCAGAGCCUGAGCACCCUGUGGCGCCUGCAGGAGCAGCACCAGAACCUGGAGCGUGAGAUGAACAGCCACGAGGCGCUGAUCCAGGCCGUGGUGGGCACAGGGCGCAAGCUGGUGCAGGCCGGGCACUUUGCUGCCCAUGACGUGGCUGCCCAGGUGCAGUGGCUGGAGGACGCCAUGGGCCGCCUGCGGGCAGGGGCGGCACAGCGGCGGCAGCGGCUGCAGCAGGCUCGGGAAGCCCAGCAGUUCCUGAUGGAGCUCCUGGAGGCAGAAUCCUGGCUGGCAGAACAGGACUGUGUCCUGGACACCGAGGACAUGGGCCAGAGUGCCGAGGCCACCCAGGCCUUUCUGCGGCGGCUGGAGGCCACCAGGAGAGACCUGGAGGGAUUCGGCAGACGCAUGGAGAGACUUCAGCAGACAGCAGCCCUGCUGGAGAGCAGGCAGAACCCAGAAAGCCCCAAGGUGCUGGCCCAGACGCGGGCUGUGAGGGAGGCACACUCGGGACUGCUGCGGAGAGCGGACGGCAGGGGGCAACGCCUACGGGAGCAGCUGCAGCUCCACCAGCUGGAGCGAGAGGCCCUGCUCCUCGAUGCCUGGCUGGCCAGCAAGGCGGCCGUUGCUGAGUCUCAGGACUAUGGACAGGACCUAGAGGCCAUCACGGUGCUGGAAGAGAAGUUCAGUGCCUUCAGAGAGGAAGUCCGGGGCCUGGGGCAGGCCAGGGUGCAGGCCCUGAGGGAGCUGGCCGGCAGCCUGGAACAUGCAGCACCCAGGUGCUGUCCCCUGAUUCAAGUCCAGAGGAGUCGCAUAGAGGCUGCAUGGGAGAGGCUGGACAGGGCAAUAAAAGCCCGCACAGAGAACCUGGCUGCGGCCCGUGAGGUCUGUGGCCUCCAGCAGGCAGUGGCUGAGCUCCGACGCUGGGUGCAGGAGAAGACCAACCUGAUGUCAGGAGACACCUGUGAGCCCAGCCUGUCAUCAGUGCAGGCCCGGCAGCAGCAGCACAGGCGCCUGGAGAGGGAAUUGGCAGCUGUGGAGAAGCAGGUGGCCCAGGUGCGGACGGAGGCCUGCCGACUGGGCCUGCUGCAACCUUCCAUUCAGGAAAGCCUGGCCCAGCAGCUGGCCGAGGUGCAGGAGGCCUGGGCCAGGCUGGCUGUGAUGGCCCAGGAGCGGGGCCGGCAGCUGCAGCAGGCUGCCCAGGGCCACACCUUCCUCGGACGCUGUCGAGAACUGCUAGCAUGGGCUCAGGAGAAGCAGGGGCUCGUGUCCUCAGCGGAGCCGGCUGUGGACCUGGCAGGGGCCGAGCGGCUCCUGGAGCAGCACGAGGAGCUGGGGCGAGAGAUCAAGGAGCACUGCCUCCAAGCCCAGGACGUGCAGCAGGAGGGGCGGCAGCUGGUAGACGACGGCCACUUCAUGUUCCUGGAGGUGACAGAGUGUCUGCAGGAGCUGGAAAGGCAGCUGCGGGCCCUGGAAGAGGCCUGGGCCCUGCAACGCAGACGCUGCCGGGAGAGCUGGGACCUGCAGAGACUGCAGCAGGGGCUGGAGCAGGCUGAGGCCUGGCUGGCCUCCCGGGAGGAUCUCCUGCUGGACCCCAACUGCGGGCACUCGGUGUCUGACGUGGAGCUGCUGCUCCGUAGACACCAGGACUUAGAAAAGCUGCUGGCGGCCCAGGAGGAGAAGUUUGUCCAACUGCAGAGGAAGGCAGGGAUGGAACUGAAGCUCCUACAACAGGUAAAGGGGCUAAAACAGGGAAGAGCUGGCCAUGGGCUAACCCCCCCACCCCAGUACAGGUCCCUUGGGAGCUGGUGGCCAGGCGCACAGCUGGCUGAGCCAGGGGACCUGCAGCCAGAUGUGAGGGGCACCCCUACCAUGGAGGGGCCUGUGGAGCUUAAGCAGUAGCUCCUGCCUGAGGGUAGGCAGACCAUGGCUUCCACAGCCACCCUUCACUUUGUGGGAGCCCCCUUGGAGAGGCCAAGGGACCGCUGUGACCGGAAACUUACUCCCUCCUCACGGCGGGGACCCCAGGGGCUGGAGCCAGGGGUGCCCGUGGGAGGCAGGGAGUUUGACCCAUGGCUGUCUGGGUGCAGGCUGAGCAGCGGGGCAGAGACCCCCUUUGCAGCAGCGUCUAAGGGGCAGGCUGAACGCUGGCACGGAGCCCUGGGCAGCAUGGCAGUUCUGGAGACUGGGAAGUCCAAGGCGAAGGAACGGACAGACUGGGCGCCUGGGGAGGCCCACAGUCUAAGCCCAGAGCUCACAGCCAGACCGCUGGACCCCCUGGCUGAGCGUGCUGCUGAGGAGGUGCCCGGCAUGGCCACUCCGCUGAGAUUCCAUGGCUGCCCCCUGCCCUCCUCGCCCUCCUCGCCGGGGGAGACGCAUGGGUGCAUGGACGGCCACCCACAGCCCCUGGAGCUCCCGCAGACAGCCGGCCCUGAGGAGGACGCUGUGUCAGGCUCCCAGCACCGCUCCUGCUCAGGCCAGAGCUGA